UUGACAUGAUACCAAAUCAAAGUAGAAUCAAAUUAGAAAGAGUAAAAGGUAAAGUUUGAGGUAGAAAGGUAAAACAAGUGAAGGCAUUGCCAAUAAUCCAUCUGCCACCACAUCCCUCCGUCGAUCCAUGCUUUCCCAACUGUAUGGCUUCCUCGCCUCCAUCACCGCUUUCGUUGCCAUAGGCAUUUUCGCUAUAAGGACAUAUGUUCCUGACUAUUGGUUGCUGUAUAUAGGAAUUGAUUACUACCCUAGCAGGUAUUGGGAGCUAGGCGUGCCAACAUAUGUAAUGGUGAUGAUUGUUGUUGCGAUUGUAUCGUAUACAAGCCUCAACUUUUUGGCUACUCCUCCGCCUACCUCCAUGAAGUUGAUUUUUGAUGACUACAGUGAGGAUAUAUUGACAGGCAUCCCUAUAACGGAUGAUGGCGAGCCGGCCAUUGAGCCUUUAUCUUACAUGAGCAUCGACCAAGUUGAUCAAAUGUUUGAUGACCUAAACUCAUGACCUUGCAAGGAUGAGCUACAAUUUUCUUUUUUCUUUUUUUCUUUUCGACUGAUUAUGUAACUUCAAAAAUUGAAUCAGGCAAACUUCUCGAAGAAAAAGGAACAAAAUGUUUCGUGCA